ACGUCGACGCAGCUGUCAGAUGCAGGACCAGAGCUUCUCACACAAGCGAACAAAAAAAAAAAACACGGGCUUUGCGACCUGCAAGACACAUGAACUUCGUCCAUUUCUGUUUAAAGAUGGUUUGAGGAGUAACCGAGAGAUAGUCCCCAGCAUCUCUUCAUCACUCUGAUCUCAUCUUAUCAUCACCAUGGAGACUGCCAACAACUACGUGCUGAUCCACGGGAAAAACAUAUCCCACAAUACCCUUGGAGGCUCUGCUGCCGUGCCCCACAUGUCCAUCGACAAGCUCUUCCCAGCUCUGCUUGAGUGCUUUGGCAUCAUAUUGUGUGGCUACAUAGCUGGCAGGGCAGAUAUCAUCACAGAGAGCCAGGCGAAGGGUUUGGGGAACUUUGUGUCUAAGUUUGCUCUUCCAGCGCUGCUCUUUAAAAACAUGGUGCUGCUGGACUUUGGAGAUGUGAUCUGGGCAUUUCUCUGGAGUGUGCUGGUCGCCAAGGUGACAGUGUUUGUGCUGGUGUGUGUGCUGACUCUGAUGGUGGCCAGUCCAGACAACAGAUACAGCAAAGCUGGUCUGUAUGCCAUCUUUGCUACGCAGAGCAAUGACUUUGCCUUAGGAUACCCUAUAGUUGAUGCUUUGUAUCGGAGCACAUACCCAGAGUACCUCCAGUACAUCUAUCUUGUCGCCCCCGUGUCCCUCAUGAUCCUCAAUCCCAUCGGCUUUGCUCUUUGUGAGGUGCAGAAGUGGAGGCAGGCCAGCCAUUCACAUCACAGCACUGUUGGCAUUGUGGGAGUUGUAGUCCUACAGGUGCUGAAGAACCCAGUCGUAUUCAUGGUGAUAGUGGGCAUCAUAGCCCACUUUGCCCUGGCCCAGCAGAUCCCUGCUGUGCUAUCUGAGUUCAUAGAUGGCCUGGCUAACUCUUUUGGAGGCGCAGCCUUGUUUUAUCUCGGCCUAUCUAUGGUUGGCCAACUUAAAAAACUAACCAGAGACACAGGAGUGGCCCUGAUUCUCCUCAUCACAGCCAAACUCCUGGUGAUGCCUCUGGUCUGUAAAGACAUGGUUGAUAUUCUGGAUGUCGGAGUGAACAGCACGAGCGCCAACCACACCAGUCUGUCUAACUUUGCUUUCCUAUAUGGAGUCUUCCCGACUGCUCCGAGUGUGGCCAUCUACGCUGCCCACUACAACAUGGAGCUAGAAGUGGUAACAUCCGGGAUGGUCAUCAGUACGUUUCUGUCUGCACCCAUCAUGUAUGUCUCAGCCUGGUUAUUAACAAUCCCCCUGAUGGACCCGACCCCCCUGGUGACAGAACUUGAAAACGUCAGCUUCAACAUCAGCAUUGUCAGCCUGUUAGCAAUGGUGUGGACCAUAGUGGUGAUGUUGCUCAGCAGAAAAUUCAACAGACUUCCGCACCUCUUUUCUUUGAAUCUUUUCUUGGCUCAGUUCUUGGUAUGUGUCAGUAUGAUCCUGUGGAACGUCUUGGUGAAACAAGAGGGCAAUUUGAUUGGCAGAAUUAUCACCUUCACGCUGCUCUAUGGCUCUCUGUACAGCACCUACAUCUGGACGGGUUUGAUCCCUCUGUGUCUGGCUCUGACUGACAGAGAUGAUCUGCUGAGACUCCGACCUGGAGUAUUCAUGGUUUUGGGUUGGGGGGUUCCCUUCCUUAUGGUCGGAAGCCUUCUAAUAUUUGGGGAAAGGACUGAGACCAUCGAUUCUGCCUUUUUCUAUGGCAGGGCACAGAUCAUUAGCACGGCAGUGGUGCUUGCAGUCAGCCUGGGGCUCGGUGCAAUAUCUCUGAUGGGCCUCAGCCAGGGAGACAGGGAGCAGAGAGGCUAUGAGGCCCUGAGCAGAGCUGCUGUAACAGGCAAUAAUGAGCUGAGGCCCCCUGGUGGCACAGACGACUCGCAACAACCACAACAACGGCUGACAGCAAAUUCGCCUGCCUGCAGCAUCAACUCAGACCACAACGGUUUCUCUCCUCUCCAGUCCUUACCGGAUAUGAUUGCAAGCACGCAGAGGGAGCACCCCAACAGCACAGGCCACAGUGGGGCGCUGUUAGACGGGCAGACACUGGGCUCUACCACCUCUGAGCAGCCGCUGGACCUGCCGCCACCGGUUCAACCCACUGACGAUAAACAGACAGUCAGACACGUUCUGCUCUGUCUGCUCCUCAGUGUCAGUCUGCUGGCGAACCUGUCCAGCUGUCUAUGGUGGCUGUUCAACAAAGAUCCUGGAAGACUUUACCUUGAACUCCAGUUCUUCUGUGCUGUGGCCAAUUAUGGACAGGGUUUCCUGUCAUUUGGCAUCUUUGGUCUGGACAGACACCUUAUCCUGCUGCCCUUUAAAAAGAGGUUUUUGGGCCUGUGGCAGGGCAGGGACGUCGAUGAUUUAAGUCCUUCAAGUGUACCAGAGGAGGUCAGACUCACCUGUACCCAGUUUGUCCGCUACCACAAAGAUCAAUGUGUACAAGACAUUGUGCACACUCGCAGGUACAAGUUUGGAGGAGGACUGGAGGAGGAGGAGGAGGAGGAGGAGAAGGCUUUGAGACAUUCCCCAUCAAAUCAGCCCCAGCACUUUGACCCGCAUCAGGAUCCUCAGGAGAAACUAAACCUCGAGCCGCAGAAUCUGCACCAAAAUCAAGUUCCAGCUGAAUCCUGCAGCCAGUAUUCCCUUUCAUCUGGAUCCAAGCUUGAUCCUGACAGUGACCACAAAGCUCAGGUCCCGGCUAAUCCCCACCCACACCAGCAUGGUCUAGCUUCAAGCUCAACCCAUCUCCAGCAGCAUCCCCAGUCCUGCUCGGAAAGCGUGUUUCGGGGAAGUGACUUGGUGGACUGGCUGACAGAGCGGGGCUUGUGCGCUGGGCGAACCGACGCCAAACUGUAUUGUGUUCGACUUCAACAGGGAAGAGUCAUUGCCCACAUAGGAGGUCAGGGCAGUUUCAGGGAUGAUCCCACUGCGCUGUACAUCUUCACAUAGGGAGGAGAAAGGGGAGGGGAGGUCCAAUGACAUUUAAGAGGAAUUGAGAUGGAGGUACAAAGCUGCAACCACCAUGACCCAGUGUCAAAACCAAAGCAGAAGUGCCUUAUGGUGCAGUUUCUUCAACGACCACCAGAUACUGGUUAGGUCAUGGCUAAGUGACUCAUAACUAGCCUGAUAAAAGUAGUCUGUCCUGGUUGAAUCAGUGGUUUUCAGGUUGAUAUUCAGUGGUGUAUUCGUAGAAGCUGCUUCCUUGUCAAAGCGGUUGUUGAGACAGUUGAGAAAGAAUAAGUGGAGAUGAAGAAGAAAGAAGCUCUCCCCUCUCCUGACUCUGGACUAAAUCUUCACUUCUGUUUACUCUUUAAUCAAACAUGGUCUCACUGCUCAGAACUGAGCUUGCUUUUAUAUCAGCUGUAUGAUUUUAAACUUCCUCUUUUCUGGAUACCUGUUAGCCAGUCAACUCCUUAAUGAGGAUACACAUCUUCAAUGUGUGAAGGACAAUUAAGUUGCCAUUCAUCAGCCUGUAGUCGCCAAAUAUUGUUUUAUUUUGUGUGACAUUGCGCUAAAAUGUAUCCAUAAGCCUUGAGAGCUGCUCACUGAAAGCCAAGAUCAUCUUGAAUCCGCCCGAUAUUUCAGCAUUGGAUAUUUUUGCACGGUGUAUUUUUGUAACCACUCUGGGCCAUGAUGAAAAAACUUGCAUGACUCAAAGCAGAUGAGACUUCUACUCAGCACUGAACCGUUUGCACUGAGAGAAUAAUAACAUUCUUCACAGGCAACACACUGGAUUUCUGUCUUCUGAUGAUGCUGCGGAAGAUAUUUGUUAGCUUUGCAUCGUGUUAUUGUUUUGCUGCUGUAAUCCUGGAACUCUUGGCUUAAGCCUGAUUUUUUUUUUCCCAAGUCACUAAUUGGCUUUAUUCAGCAAGCAGAGAAGCCUUUACCGCCAAAUCUGGCAGAAGUUUGAUUAAAAAAACGUAGUCAUAGCUACACCUAAAUUUCAAGUUUUUCUUGUUUAGGAAGCACUAAUACAUUUUUUGUACACCAGAUUCUUAAUUCUAGCAUUUUUUUGGGUGACCAAUUCAAAAGACACUUGUUGAAUUAAGCUUGUUUGAACCUUCAGAACAUAAAACAGCACAAGAAUCCUUUAUGUCAAACACCUGUCUGCUGAAAAGCUGAUGUUACAUUUGUGCUACUAGGUAACACUGAUAAAGUCAUGAUUACUGUCCUAAGCUCUGCCAAUACUUUCCUGAACUCAGAACUGACGUAUGAGGAUAAAGCUUAUGAAGGCUGUAGGUCUAACCAAUAUGUUUACAGAUUGUUCAGCUCACACUGAGCGACUGGCAGCACUCACUACACUACACAUAUUGUUUGCCUGUUAAAUUGCUGCUUUUUAUUGUUUUUGUAACUAUUAAGUUUAAUGUGUGUAAGCAGGCCUGUGUGAAAUGUGACAAAUGUUACUGGCUUUAUUUCCAUAACACUCAAAGAAGUUCUUCACCAUCAUUUGAGCCCUAAAGGAUUCGAUUAAAAAAAAAAAAAAGAAUUUUCUUUAUCACUAAUUUUACAUGUGCAAAUUUGUCUGUCUUCCAACAACCAACGCCACGUUUAGUUCAUGUGAUUCACGUCAGGUUGUUAAAUUGACAGAGUUGUUUUAAUGAGAUUAGUGCCUGCCUGUGCCAAUGUGAAGGUGUGUGUGUAUGUGUGUGUGUGUGUGCAUGAAGAAAAGUGUCUUUGAGUUCUUCGUGUGGUGUGUGUUUUUAAGUGUUGUAAAGCGCUGAGAGAGAACAAGAGGGAUUUGAAUAUGAGUUACUGUGUGCUGUUGUUUCACACGUUCAGUGUUACUUUGGACGUCUUGUUGCUGUAAAUCAAUCAGGGUCAAUGACUGUGUGACCAUGACAAAGGCACAAAUAAACUACUGUUUGCAUCCUA